AUGUUCAAUGACAUCCUGAUGGAAGAGCUCCCUCUUUCACCAAUACUGGCUCCACAUGUGGUUCCAAUGCGAGUUGGGGUCAAAGUAGGAGACAUGUCCCUUCAGGAUACCAUUCUGUGUGAUGGCCUAAUGGACGCCUUUUAUAACUACCACAUGGGUGUAACAGCUGAGAACGUGGCGAUGCAGUGGCUUGUGAGUCGAGAGGAGCAGGACAAGUUUGCUGUACAGUCCCAGAACCGAACUGAGGCAGCACAGAAAGCUGGCUAUUUUGAAAAAGAAAUUGUUCCUGUCUCCGUCCCUUCCAGGAGAGGUAUGUGCUGUACUCCUAGGAGGAGAGAUUUUGAGACUGACUGGUUCAUCUGCACGAGCGCGUGUGAGUGCGUAUUCAAGGGUAAUGACUUAGAUUUACUAUUUAUUCUAGUAGGAAAAAGCUGGACGCUGGAUGAAGUUGAUCUCUUCGAAAUCAAUGAAGCUUUUGCAUCACAGUCUGUAGCUGUUGUCAAGGAACUGGGUAUAAACCCAGAGAAGGUAAACAUCCAAGGUGGUGCUAUUGCUUUAGGUCACCCUCUGGGAAUGUCUGGGUGCCGCAUUCUGGUUACACUUCUCUACGCACUGGAGAGAACAGGAAAAAAGCGUGGCAUUGCUUCUUUGUGUACAGGAGGUGGAAUGGGAAUAGCUAUGUGUGUUGAAAGGCAAUAAAUUACACCUAAAUUUUACUACAAGAACUGAAGAUACUCUGCAGCUAAGCUACUGACUGGAUAAAAUUGAGCUUUUAUUUUAGAGGUUACAGCCUGAUUCCAAUGAAAUGUAGGUGCAUUUUGUUUUUAUAAUGAAUGUGUAAAGUAGGUAGGUCUUAAAACUAUUCAAAACUUCAGUCCACAUAAAAUGGUUCUGAAAAUUAGUGUAACUUUUAAAUAUUUGAUUAAAAGUACUGAAGUUUGAAAUCAUA